CUCCAUCUUCAUAAAACCAUCCUUCGCAGGGUUCCUGCAUCGCGGGGAGUCGCUGUUUACUGCCACUUAUCAUUGCGCGUCAUCACCCUAUCAAGACUCGACUCUUAGUGAACGCAAACAGUCUAUUCUCUUGCGCUAUCUAUGUUCUGGGCGCUGGACAAGCUAAGGUUUGAAGAUUACCUAGCCUCCUGUGAAGACGUUAAUUAUGUCGAGACCCCGUCAGACCCCACAUCAACUCUUUCCUUGCCUUUACCUUACCUUCAAGACACCUUCAAGACAAAAACAUGGCAACUCAGGGUGAUGAAGCAAAGCCUGCCAACAAUCGUCCUAUUUUGACCCCAUUUCCUGUCCCCGACCAGCAGUUUGCAAGCUAUGACGACAGUGCUGUCAGAAGGGCCUUGUGGGACCCAGAAGAAUACUCAAAGUGGAGGGAACAGAAGCUCAACGAAUGUCUAAAAGCACAAGAGCGUUUUCUAUCCAUAUAUGGUUACGUCCCCGAUGAAGUUCUCAAUCUUGAAAACUGGCUCAAAACAAAAACUCCUGAUGGCCCAGCGUACCCAGAGUCUGAACCGAGCGGGCUCGAUCACUUCACCUAUUAUCAGAUUGAGAUUCUAAAAUUCACUCUUAAUACAUGCACAUGGCUCACACCAGGAAUGAAAACGAACUACUAUGCCGUCCUCGAUGCAUAUCGCUCCAGGAAAUUGACGGCGGAUCCUAAAGUCAUUACCUAUUGGUACAAAGGGGUUCAGGUACCAGAUGCUGGGCCUGCUGGUUCCGAGAAACGCUACCAGGAAGUUGCAAAAUUGCAAGAGAAGUACGGCGAUGGCAGCCUCCAUGUUGAAAUAGUUGCAUGGCCUCAACCCCAACUCCUGUCCUAAAACCUUUCUACCAACUCCGCUCCCGGGUUUUGAUCCUUUGCAACGUCUAACAAAAGUCUUAUGAAAAUAUAGAUUUUGGGGGGUCUUUUCUUAAAGGAGAUAUUUAUAAUAUAUAAUUAAGACAACGCAAAGUAGAAUUAUUAAAUAUCACA